ACUAUUUAGUAUCGGUAAUGUGCAUUCGAUCAACGCGUUUCCUUAAAGUCCUAGCCGUUGUAUUUCUAAGCAUCCUUUUGCAAUUUUGUGCCAUUGAAAUCUGUUUGGAUAUCGACCAUGGAAUUGAAGACAAUAGCGAAAGGACAUUGUUGAUGAUUUCCGCCAUUGUGACCACUAUUUUUCUGAUUUUUUUCUCAUGCUUUGGUAUUUUUGUCGUAUUAGGUGAUCAAGUUAAUCGACUGAAACUGCUGGCAAUCGGCAUCGCUGUCUUCAUAGUUAUCAAAUUCACUCUGUGGGUACUCUUCUUGACACUUGCCAACCAACCCGACGUGGCUAAGAGCACCCUAUGGUUACACCUUACGAACUUAUGGGCAGUAUUAAGUCUGAUUACGAUUAUACUUUUGAUCAGAGGACGAAUGCGUAGCUAAAAGCUAAAAGAUUUGUGUCGCCUACAUCAUAAAACAUAAAUAUUUUGCAAUAUACAAAUGUGCUUUUUAGGAUUACGUGUACUUAAGGCUAAUGUCCAUAUUCUCUCUCUGUUGGUCUUGUUUUGCAAUGUUGUUGACCUUGUCAUCACUAUUAAAAACCUUGACGAAUGCAAGGGAACAGCAAAAAUCUGGUUGAUUGUAUCGAUACUGCUAAAUACUCUACUCAAUUUUGGAAUUAGCUUGGGAAGUUAUGGAGCUGUGAUAAUGAAAACAUUAUACCUAAAGCUGUAUGCAGUCACACUGAUGGGCUUCAUGAUCAGCAAACUAGUUCUUGCACAAGCAGUCAGGUAUUUGGAUGAUGCACAUUACAAUCUGUUAGUGGGAAAUUGGUAUUAUCUGGUUACAACAUUUUCUGUUCUCUGUUUAAUAUUCGUUGUAUCACUUCUUUUCAAAAUGCGGGAACGAAGGGAUAUCAAUUCAGAUGGAUGAGUUGUAAAUAAAUAAAUACUAGAUCAGAUUAGCCGAUUUUGUUUCAUAAUUAAAAGAAAAAUGUUAUGUAAAUUGGAUUGUAUAGCUUCUAUAAUACAAAGCUUUGAGAUUUGUGUCCGUUUA